AUGUAUCACUCACUCAUUGUCGCCCACAUCUUUGAGAAUCUUAAGCACCACGUACUUGAAUAUUCAUAUGAAGAUGUUCAGUUUCGAGCUUAGACACAAAAACUAUGUAACUAUCAACACAGUAUCAGUGGAUAUUCAACAUGAAAGUCGCAGUAUUCAGCUUUCAAGAGUAUGAAAGGACAGCUCUUGAGCGGUUCAACCAAAGGUUUCAAUAUGAGUUGGUCUACUUCUCGGCGCCCCUUUCAACCGAGACUGUUUCGCUAGCAGCUGGCAGCGUUGCCGUCUCCACGUUUGUCAGUGACCAUGUUGAUGCUGAAGUGUUGGAAGUAUUGGCAGAUGCAGGAAUCAAACUGGUCGCUCUGCGCUGUGCUGGCCACGAUAGUGUGAAUUUACAGGCGGCAUCAGAAAACCACAUUACUGUCAUGCGAGUCCCAGCCUACUCACCCUACGCGAUUGCGGAAUACACCAUUGGCAUACUCUUGACUCUCAAUCGCAAUAUCCACAAGGCUUCAACCCGUGUGCGAACUGGCAAUUUUGAUCUGAACGGCCUUGUUGGGAGUAAUAUAUACGGGAAAACAGUGGGCAUAAUCGGCACGGGGCGUAUCGGGGCCGCGGUAGCCACAACAUUGAAACUUGGAUUCGGUUGCCGUGUCAUUGCAAAUGAUCUCGAUGCACAUCUUGAACUGGAAAAGAUCGGAGUGGACUAUGUGGACCAGGACACGCUUUUUCGUUCAUCCGACUUCAUUUGCCUCCAUUGCCCCCUGACCAAGCAAACGAGGCAUAUCAUAAACCCAGAGAGUCUGCAACUGAUGAAACCGGAGGUCAUCUUAGUCAAUACAAGCAGAGGAGGCUUAAUAGAUACGCCAGCGCUCCUCGAUUCACUCGAAAAUGGCCGAAUUCGCGGCUGCGCACUGGACGUGUACGAGAGGGAAAAUAACCUGCUCUUCCAGAAAUCCUCAAUGGAAGAGAUCGAUGAUCCGACCCUCAAGCGACUGGUUAGCCUACCAAAUGUGAUUCUUACCGGGCACCAAGCCUUCUUAACGCAGGAAGCCAUCGACGCUAUAGCAGAGACUACGUUGAAGAAUAUACAAAAUUUCUUAGCCGGGAAAGUCGAUGUUAACAGAGCCGUUGAAAAAUAUAAGUGAGGAUUACAGAAACAAAAGCCGCGUAUCGAGAAUUAAGCCAUCCCAUCCAUUAUGAAAGGGGUUAUUAAACUUACUUGGUUUCCCCUUGGUUCUCGAAGAAUAGCAGAGCACCCCGACUGGGAGACGGACCGUUCCUUGCAUCACGGGACUCAGCUGCUCAGCCACAUACCAGACUAGCAAAUUAAUAGAAUCACUGAGAAACGCCGGUUUUCUCUCAUUGUGCGACUUUCUGGCUGAGCGUCUCUCGCCUGAAGGUGGAAUUUUAGGGUUUAGUUACAGUCUAUAUGCAGUGCUUCUAAUCGUCUAGGCAUGGCGCAUUCUACCCUAAUACCGGCCUAAUUCCGCUCUUGUGGUUCUGGUCUGUAGUGCCUACGUUUGGUCUUCGAGCGUCCGUCAGUCAGCUGGAUGGCAAGCGGAGACAGACGGAGAGCCGAGGCGGGAUGGCCAGAGCUCGAUGGAACGCGCGGCAACAUCGACGAGCCCCUAUUGAGCGUGAAUGGCGGGACCGUUCAUGAUACCACCACAUGUACAUACCACCACACCCACACUGGGUGCACGGACAUUUACAACCGCAUGAAGCAUCAGGUUUGGCGAGAGCGGUGGUAUAUGAACGGCCAGAUAAUAGGCAAAACAGAUGCUUGUGGAGUUGGAAAAUGCCAAGCGAGUCAGGUCUGCGCACCCGGUCGAAAAAGUUGUGUACAUAUACAUGUUUAUUUGUGGAAUCGUGCUGUUCCAUCGAAGAGUUGAUAAAACCGGAUGGAUGGUUGAAUUAGCUAACUCUUCUUUUUCACAUCUUUCAUUUCUUUCUUUCACAACUGCGUUGGAGCUCGCGGGGAGACAGCGGUGAGGUUUACUUGAGGGAUGAGUCGAUAGAUUCAACCCCUGGAUUCUCGAGCUGGACCUGGGCCGAAUGGAAGUGCUCCUCAGUUUGAUUUGCCAUCCGCAAUCGGGCACAGGGUCAAGUUGAUUAUGGCUGCGGGGGCAUAACGACGAUUUAGUUUUCCCAUAUAUAUAAUGUCCCAUUCCUAUCUAGAGUAUAUGGCGAGUUAGAGACGCUUGUCUUUCUUAGAAUGUGCCUUUGGUUUAAACCCGGAGAAGGCGAAGAACAAAGCGGCAAAGACUUAGUUGCAGAUGAUAGAAAAGAUACAAUUACCUAGUUAUGAAACUAUCAGAUACAUUAUGAGAGAAGAUAGCUGGAGGAAAUGAUAUGUAACAUUUGUCUAUUUAUUU